GUAGGCAGAUGUUAAACGUGUCUCUCUGCUGAUCUGAGCUCUGCGGUGCAGCAGGAACCUGCAACCUCCCUGAAGCAUCGCCAGGGCCUGGGUGACCCCUGUCCAUGGUGAGGACCCCACAGGGACCUGCCGAUGGACCAGCUGAGGACGAAGGAGACCCAACGGGGAGGCUCUGAGAGGGAAAGACGUGCCCGGGUCACCCUCGUAUGGAAGGGUCGUCUCAGGAAGACACCGGCUCUGUCAUGGGAAUGAGAGCCAGGCUCCUGGGGAGGGGCAGUUCCCCUUCCUGUGGGGCUGCUGACGUGACAGCCCCGUGCCGCGGAGGACCAGCCUCCCAGUGGACACACCCUCGGGUCUCCGUCCUGAGGGCACCGUGGUCUCCUCCAUCUGCACUGCCUGGACAACAGGGACGAGACGCCAUGACCCCCAGCCUCACGGCCCUGCUCUGCCUCGGGCUGAGUGUGAGCCCGAGGACCCAGGUGCAGGCAGGCACCCUCCCCAAACCCACCAUCUGGGCUGAGCCAGGCUCUGUGAUACCCUGGGGGAGCCCCGUGACCAUCUGGUGUCAGGGGACCCGGGGGGCCCGGGUGUUCCGUUUGGAUAAAGAGGGAAGCUCACCUUCCUGGGACAGACAGCCCUCACUGGCACCCGGGAACAAGGGCAACUUCUCCAUCCCACACAUGACACAGGACUACGCAGGGAGAUAUCACUGUUACUACCUCAGCCUCACUGGCAGGUCAGAGGGCAGUGACCCCCUGGAGCUGGUGGUGACAGGGGCCCACAGGAAACCCACCCUCUCAGCCCUGCCGAGCCCUGUGGUGACCUCGGGGGGGAACGUGACCCUCCAGUGUGGCUCAUGGCAGCGACUGGAUGGGUUCAUUCUGACUAAGGAAGGAGAACCCAAGUCCUCCUGGACCCUGGAUGCACAGCGAGGCCCCCGUGGGCCGACCCAGGCCCUGCUCCCCGUGGGUCGCGUGACCCCCAGCCACAGGUGGACGUUCAGAUGCCACGGCUUUUACAGGGACACCCCCCAGGUGUGGUCGGCCCCCAGUGACCCCCUGGAGCUCCUGGUCCCAGGUGUGUCUGGGAAGCCCUCCCUCCUGACCCCGCAAGGCCCUGUCGUGGCCUAUGGACAGAGCCUGACCCUCCAGUGUCACUCUGACGUCGGCUAUGACAGAUUCGCUCUGUCCCAGGAGGGGAGACAGGCCCUCCCCCAGAGCCCUGGCCGGCAGCCCCAGGCUGGGCUCUCUCAGGCCGACUUCCCCCUGGGCCCGGUGACCAACACCCACGCGGGCCGGUACAGAUGCUACGGUGCACACAACCUCUCCUCCGAGUGGUCAGCCCCCAGUGACCCCCUGGACAUCCUGGUGGCAGGGUGGUUCCUUGACACGCCCUCCCUCUCGGUGCAGCCGGGCCCCGUGGUGGCCUCAGGAGAGAACGUGACCCUGCUGUGUCAGUCAAGGAGGACAAAGGAAACUUUCCUUCUGUCCAAGGAGGGGGCAGCCCAGCCCCCACUGCGUCUUAGAUCAAAGUACCGAGGUGGGCAUUUCCAGGCCGAAUUCUCCAUGAGUCCCGUGACCUCAGCCCACAAUGGGACCUACAGGUGCUACAGCUCACUCAGCAGUAACCCCUACCUGCUGUCACACGCCAGUGCCCCCCUGGAGCUCGCGGUCUCAGGAGGCUCUGAAGUUGGGGCCCUUCCCCCCACGGAGCCAGGCCCGCAGACGGGUCUCAAAUGGUACCUGAACGUCCUGAUUGGGGUCUCGGUGGCCUUCGUCCUGCUGCCCCUCGUCCUCCUCGUCCGACACCGGGGUCAGAGCAGACGCAGGAAGUCGGGGGCUGCAGACCCAGAGCCCAAGGACACAGGCCUGCAGAGCAGCUCCUGCCCAGCCGCCGCCGCCCAGGACCAGGCCCUCUAUGCUGCCGUGAAGGACACACAGCCUGAGGACGGGGUGCAGCUGGACCAUCCGCAGAACAGGCAGGAUGCAGACCCCCAGGAGGGGACGUACGCCCAGGUGAACCACUCAAGAUCAAGACUAAGGCGGGGGGUGGCCACCUCUCCUUCCUCCCUGUCGGGGAGAUUGCUGGACACGAAGGACAGACAAGCGGAAGAGGACGGGCAGAGGGACGGUCAGGCCGCCGCAUCUGAAGCCCCCCAGGAUGUGACCUAUGCCCAGCUGAACCACUCGACCUUCAGACGGGAGACUGCAACCCCUGCCCCCCAGUCAGGGGAGCCCCCAGAAGAGCCCAGCGUGUAUGCUGCUCUCGCCGUCCGCUAGCCCAGGAAGGACCCAGACCCCACGCUCCGGGGACGCAGACUGCACGGACCCCGGAAGGCACAGGAGCUGCCUGCCCACAGUGGACACCGCCUAACGACCAUCAGACAGCCUGGACUCCCAACACAGACCACCAGGAGCCCCUGGGGCCCUUGGGCAGUCACCUGAUUCUACCCUCAAAGAUAACUAAUAUCCUUACAUUUGGGAAAUAAUGCAACAGACUUCUCAAAAAUCAAUGUGUGAACUGAAAACCAAAAUCAAAACAAAACAAAAAAAAAACAAAACAGAAGUGGGAAAAUGUUUUCAACGAAUGAUCAUGUAAAUAAUACACAUCAAACCUAUGAAUUGAGAAAAUUAAGAAUCAUGAAUGAAUUAGAAAAGCCUUUAAAAAAUCGAUGACCUAACAUAUCACACCAAGAGUUUAGGAUUAAAAUAGCAAAUUAUUUCAAAUGAAGGCAGAAGGUGGGAAUAAUAAUGACAAGGGUAGCUAAUAAUGAAGACAACCAAAAAGUAGAGAAAAUCAAUUAAGGCAAAAAAUAAACUCAUUCUUGAAAACAUUCAUGAAUCCUAGCCACCACAGCCGAGGGAAAAAGAGAGAAGGCUCACACUUCUAAUAGCAUGAAAGGGAUUGCAGACAGCACUACAAAUCCUACAGACGUUAUAAAGAUAGUAACAGAACAUUAUGAGAAAUUUGACGCCACCAUACAGAAAAUGUAGAUGGAAUGGAAAUCUUCACGUGUACAAUUUACUAAAUGGACAAAAUAAGUGGAAAAUCUAUCACCUUAUACAUUGACUCUAAUCAAAACUUACCCACGACUGAACUAUAUAGAAUCUAACAAAGUCAAAAUGAAAGAAAUAGUAGAAUGCUGGUUCCCGGGGUUGGAGCGAGGGGGAAAUGGGAAGAUAUUGGUCAAAGGGCACAAGCUUCCAGUUAUAAGAUGAAUAAGUUCUGGGGAUCUAAUAUACAGCAUGGUGGUUACAGCUAAUCACACUGUAUCCCAUUCUUGAGUGUUUUUUUUUUUUCCUUCGGUACGCGGGCCUCUCACUGUUGUGGCCUCUCCCGUUGCAGAGCACAGGCUCCGGACGCGCAGGCUCAGAGGCCACGGCUCACGGGCCCAGCCGCUCCGCGGCAUGUGGGAUCUUCUCGGACCGGGGCACGAACCCGUGUCCCCUGCAUCGGCAGGUAGACUCUCAACUACUGCGCCACCAGGGAAGCCCCUCUUGAGUGUUUUGAAGAGAGCAGAUCUCAAAUGUUCUCACCAAAAAAAGAAAUGGCGACUGUGUGAUGGGAUGCAGACAAAUGCUCUGACGGUCAUCACUGUCCGACGUGUAAGUGUGCAGUUCAGGCGGCUUCACUGGUGAUUUCUUCCGAGCACUUAUGUACUCGUGAAAGACACACACACACGCACACACACCCCAAAACUGCACAAACAUUCCCGAGAACAGAAAAAGAAGAAACAUACCUCAACACAUCAGAUCAGGACAAUAUUUAUACCAAAACCUGACAAGGGAAUUAUACAUGGGGAAGUCACAGGAAGAUCUCUCACAUGAGCUUAGAUGGAAAUCCCUAAACAAAGUGUACACAAAUAAGAUUUAGUGAUAUAUAAAAAGGACAUUACUUCAUGACCAUACUGUGGGAUGUUUUAUUUUGAAGGCUAGAGUAGCUUAAAAUCUAUCACAUAAUGCAAUACCUUAACAGAACAAAUAAAAAAUAAUCACCUUAACAGAUGCAGACAAAGCCUUUGAUAAAAUAUACCAACAAUUCCUGGUGAAAAUAAAAACGCAUCAGAAAUAGAAGGGAAUUCCCUUUCGUUGAUGAGGGCAUGUUUAACAACACUAGACGUCACUUGUACAGGUGAGAACCUGAGGUCCUUUCGUCUACGACUGGCAAUGAUCCAAGUAUGUUCCGUAUGACCACUUGUAUUCACCAGUGCCCUGGAGGCACCAACCAAGUAAGUGAAACAAAACAAGGCGAGAAGCUCUGAAGUGGGUAAGAAUAAUAUUGUAUUACUAAGAGACUGCACAGCUGUGUUCGCAGAAAAUCCAAAAUAAUGUAAAGAUCUUCUACUCUAAUUAAAAAGUUUUCCUGCAUCGCUGCAUACAAGGUCAAUAUAUAGAAUUCAACUGCCUUCGAGACUUCCGGUUCUGGAUGGAGAUGAAGUAAAUGAGUGUCUCCCUGUUCCCUGACUUUAUACCAGUGACCUGACUGUAUACUGCUGAAUUCCAAGAGCCGUAAGAUAAUAUAUUUGGGCUGUUUUUCUUUUUUUGAAUUUUAUUUUAUUUUUUUAUACAGUAGGUUCUUAUUAGUUAUCCAUUUAAUACAUAUUAGUGUAUAUAUGUCA